ACUAGUGAAAGAAGCAGAAGGAAACUUCGAACCCCAGCUUCCGAUAAGAUUGGGCUCUGAAACAAUUCAAAUUAAAUUCGUGUGUAAACACACACCUUGGUGUACCAGGUGCAGGUGGUGGUUUCAUACGGCCGAUGAAGGCUGCCCGAGAGCUGAGGAGGUUGCCGAAGGGCAAGGAGAGAGCAGAUCACGCCGGAUGGAGCAGGCCGGAUCACGCCCUCGUCAAGUGAUGGAAAGAAGGCAAUCACGCCAAGCGGCUACACAGGAUCACUCAUCUGAUGCCGGCAGAAGAAGUGGAAGUCAAGCUCAGAGCUCAGCCCCGAUCAAAAGACCCCAACCAAGCUUGGCUAACCUCCCAGUGGGAAAUUGGCGCAGCUCUGGUUUACCCAGAACGAGAGGAGAGGCGAGUACUAGCCAGAGAGCUCUAGUGUCGAGAGCAUCCCAGGAAGAGCAACUUCUUCAACCCCGAAGAGGGGCUUUCAAACCUUACUCUUCACAAUGGAGUCACGCAGCAUGGCAUCACCAGACGGGCGGUGCACAAAACCAGGGCCUAAGUUCUCAACCUGCGUUGUUCCGACAAAGCACUGGAGCAGAGGGGGGAGCAGCACGAGGUAAGAUGUAUGUUGAUGACCGAUCGGGGAAAGGACGUGGGUUAACGAUCGGGUCCAAAGAUGAUGCUCGUUUUAGCCAGAGGGAGCAGAGAGUAACUGGAUGUCACCAGAUCAGGGAAGUUACGCAAAUCGAAGUCGUGGAGGAGGAGGAGGGUGAGGAUAGCGACGAUGACAGUGCUGCAGCACAUAGCAGAUCUCAUGCUUCAGGUAUGGAGGAAUCCCCAAAUCGAAUUUCAUCAGGUGUCGAUAGAGGUUUUGGUGAGGACACUCCUUUCGAAGAGCAGAGACUGCUACCGCUCGUCUGCACCUAUCAAAAUGGGGUAGCUUAUGUUAUUGGCCUCGUGGACAGAGACGAUUUCCUUAUUCUUCCAACCACCGCUGUGGAGGGCAUUCUGAUGCAAGCUCCAAUCAUCGACAGAGUCAAGUACCUGUAUGCGGACAAAUUUUAUUUUCGGCUCUUCCCAUACUUUUUGCUUCCAAAGCUUAGGGUGGAGGUCGACGAAGUGAAGAGCGUGAGAUACACGAUUGUGUUCAUUGACGCGCGAUUUCCAGGAAAUUCUUGGCAAGGCAUCUCUUCAGUGGGGCUUGGCUUGUUUCCAUUUGACGCACUGUCUCUGCCUUCGAUUGACUUGCUGGCGAAUGUCUUUGUCGAACACGACGUUUAAGGUUCCUUUUUAGUUGACCUCCAUCCGAACAUGCCGAAAUCAUGGAACCUCAAUUCCCGUCUU